CGUCUCGGCCAGCAGCCUCCGCCCAUUUCGCCUGCCGCUGGCGCUUCCGCUUCCGGUAGCCCCCGGCAGUAAGUGUCCGAGGUACCAGCCAUGGCGAGGAGCCGGCUGGAGACCGUGGGGAGUGUUUUCUCGCGGACUCGGGACCUGAUUCGGGCUGGGGUGUUGAACGAGAAGCCCCUGUGGUUUGACGUAUAUAAUGCCUUUCCCCCACUGAGAGAGCCGGUCUUCCGGAGGCCCCGCUUGCGAUAUGGCAAAGCCAAAGCUGCCAUCCAGGACAUCUUGUACCCCGAGGAUCGGAUUAGAGCGAAAUUUUAUUCAGCCUAUGGAUCUGGUCAGAGAGCUUUUGAUCUGUUCAAUCCAAACUUCAAGUCUACCUGUCAACAGUUUGUGGAGAAGUACAUUGAGCUACAGAAACUUGGAGAAACUGAUGAAGAGAAGUUAUUUGUGGAAACAGGGAAGGCUUUAUUAGCAGCAGGUGUCAUUCUGAGAAGAGUAGGAGAAGCAAGGACUCAAAAGGAAGGUAGUCACAUUUCCUGGGAAUCUGAAUCCACGGGUGUCAAACCUCAAACGAUAUUGGAAAAAAACCAGCCUCUUCAAGAAGUUCCCCAGGAUCAGCGUUUGGAGACAUCUGAAGAACAGCCAAAAGGUCUCUCACCUCCCUGAAGAACUUGUAUUCCAUGUAUACUGACAUCCAGACUGUAUUCAGUAGAUGAAUGUUGAACUGUUUUUAACAGUUGAACUGUGUAAAUGUUUCCCAGUCUCUAAGGCAUUAUGUUUGCCUUCUUUUAGUUCUAUUUCUAGGUUGUCAUAAGCUCAGUUUCAUGGUUUGAAUGAACUUUUAUGUUAGGAUGGUAUUAAAUAAAGAAUUCCCUGACUGCUUA